AUGCUUGCAUUCGUUCUGCUUUUCCAAGCUGUUCAGCUUCUUCAUGCUGUGGGUUCAAACAACCCCGCAUACUCAGAUGCAGAAGCUUUGCUGGAUGAUGACGAGUGUCAGAGCGGCAUGAACUCCGAUCAAUGUGCAAUGCAGGCACUCCAGAUCGACCGAGCCACGACGGUGCAAGGAGACAGCCCGGACCAGUCCAUGGACAAUGCAUCCAACACUACGCUGGGAUCUGGGAGAUGGUUGCUUACGCUGUAUCAUCAAACAAGCGAAAGCGCAGGAAGAAGCAUUUUGAAGCAUGGCUUCCGGCCUGGUCAUGUUGGCUGGUGUGGUGCCGGGAUUUACUUCGCAAUGAGUCCUGAGGCAACCUCAGGAAAGAUCAAGGGCCCUGAGUCCAAAGCCGGCUUCAUUAUUGAAGCUAAGGUGGAUGUUGGGCACGUAAAGCACAUGCCCUGGCACUGUACCACAAGUCCAUCUUGCAGAGUCCAUCCCAUGGCCAAAUGCCAAGAUAGAAGGAAUCGAGGGAGUUGGUUGGCUAAACAAGGCUACAACUCUAUCAACUUCCAGCCUGAUGCAUAUGGGCCGGAAUAUGUCAUCUAUGACACCAGACGGGUAGUUUCCAUGAAGGGCUACCGCUACCAUCGAUAA